UCGAUGAGUUUACUUGGAGGCACUACGUUUGAAUAUGCAGUAGAAAUGACCUACCCACUGCCUGAAAGUAUAUCUGCUGGACUACUCAACCUGUUCAAUCAAAUAAUGGGCAUAGUGAUGGUCAUCACAGUGGGUCAGCUGGUUCAGCAUAAACUAGCCAUGUAUGGUAACUAUGUAUUCACUGGGCUACUACUGCUUGCUAGUAUCAUUGUUGUUUUUAUUCGUCCAACACUUCGUAGAGUUAAAGUUGAAAAUGACACAACUUGAGAUGUUUUAUCACUUAAAAUUUUAAAGUCAUAAUGUCUGUGUGUGUAAUAAUAAAAUUAUUGAUAAUAACAAUAAGACAAA